ACUUUAUUUCUCAUGAAACUUCCUCCUACAGUACAAUGAUGUUGUUACAAACUGGUAGAUGGUGGUGGAUUUUAUACAGUUUCCUUGUGCCGUGUUAUGGCAGCCUAAAGCCGGGUUUCUCUCAACUUCAGCGAGGACACAGACUGGACGGGAAAGUAAUUCAGUCAUUCACAGAACUCAGUUUCUUGGACUGUGUGAUAGAAUGUCUAGUUACACCAAGGUGUAAAUCCGUCAACUAUUUCAAAGGGGCUAAUUUCUGUGAAAGCAAUUACGAAAAUCAGACGACAGCAGAGACUAAGUACGUGGAGAUUGCUGGUUGGGUGUACAGUGACAAGGAACAUUGGCCAAAGGAUCUGGCUGGAGCUUGUUCAAACUCGAAUUGUCAACUCAACGAGACAUGUAAACACAAGAGAUAUACUGAGGAUACUGUCUUUGAAUGUGUUUUGUCAGAUUGUGGAAUACCCGAUCUAAAAGGAAUAGACCUGAAUACAACACGACGUGAGGACGCCAUUGGUAUACACAGGAGGAUACAUGCCUCGUGUGCUGACGGAUACUCCCAGUCUGGUUCAGGACGGCUGAAUUGUCAGUCAAACGGAGAGUGGAAAUACGACAUUGUUUGUAAAGAGGUUCUGUUUGAACUAGCAUUGGAUAAACCGGCAAAUCAGUCGUCAACGUUUUAUAUGUACCAUGCCCAGUAUGCAGUAGAUGGCAAAAGAGGUACAGACUUCAUUUACGACAAUUGUGCACACACAGGAGAACAAGACGAAAAUCCGUGGUGGAUGGUGGAUCUACAGACUGUGUAUUCCAUCACAUCUGUCAGAAUACUCAACAGAGGAAUAGACAAGUGGAAAAUAGAUGUGUCAGACCGGCUAAGAAAUGUCACCGUCACUGUUGGUCUAACAGAAUCAGAUGUCAACACUCCCUGUGGAUUCUUUGCUGGUCCCGGUACUGCGUCACAGCUGGUCGUCGUUGAUUGUGCGACAUCACCAGAGGGGAGAUUUGUAAAGAUCUCAAAGACAACUGAGUUUCUCACUCUUUGUGAAGUGGACGUGUUUGGCAUCGCCAUCUAAUAAAUAAAAUAAAUGAAUACUG